CAUGAAAGCUCCCCUCACCCUCGCAUUUCGUCGCUUGUCUCGACAGAUCGCAUUUUUUCCUUCUACUCUUCCUCCUCAGAGAAUCACUGGAGGAAGCAAUAAUUCUAGCCACUUCUUCUCAACAUCAAUUCCUACAUCAUCUACACCAACCCUUAAGAUAAUGACCAAGGAGACCACCCCUCCUCUCCCCACCGAAUCCACCGCUACUACUACGACCGCAACAUCUAACCACGAACCUCCCUCCGCUCCCUCCUCCCCGCUCGCCAAACGCACAAAAUCCAACACCACCGACGAACAAAGCCAGCAACAACAACCUCAAUCCCAACAGACAUCAACAAUGGGCUCCACCGCUAAUCCACUCCCCACCCUCCUCGUCCAAAAGCUCACCCCCUCGGGUCGCGCUCCGACGCGCGGCUCUGCCUUCGCUGCCGGCUACGAUCUUUACAGUGCCAAGGAUACUGUCAUCCCCUCCAAGGGCAAGGCCCUCGUAGACACAGGUAUUGCCAUUGCGGUACCUGAAGGAACCUAUGGCCGCAUCGCUCCCCGCAGCGGUCUCGCUUCGAAGCACUUCAUUGACACCGGCGCGGGUGUCAUCGACGCUGACUACCGUGGUGAGGUAAAGGUGUUGCUUUUCAACUUCUCGGACGUGGAUUUCGAGAUCAAGGAGGGUGACCGGGUGGCACAGUUGGUAUUGGAGAGGAUCUACACACCUGAGGUGACUGUUGUGGAGAAGCUGGAGGAGAGUGUUCGUGGAGCUGGUGGGUUCGGCAGUACUGGUACGAACUGAAUGACAACAAACAUGAAAUUGAUGUGAUGAUGAGUGCAGGGGCAGAAAAAAGAACUCUUGAUAUACCUGUGCAUAUUUGGAACAUAGAAAAUAGCGAACCAAGAAGAGUUUCAAGAGUAGAUCUUGG